GCGUUGCGUAUUUAUGCAUCCCGUUGGCUACCAAACCUAUCGAAAUACAUUAAUAUCGAGAAAGAGGUAGAAUCUGAUCGUGAGUUGGAUUCGACUCGGGAGGUAACUUCAAAAAGUAGGCUGCUGUUGGAAUCAAUUGUUAGCCUAUUACCAGCAGAAAAGGGUGCAGUUUCGAGCAGUUUUCUUUUGAAAUUAUUGAAGGCAGUUAACAUAGUAAAAGCUUCUUCCUCUACAAAGACAGAAUUGGCAAGAAGAGUUGGGAUUCAAUUGGAGGAUGCCACUGUUAAUGAUUUGUUGAUUCCCUCUUUAUCGUACACGAGUGACACGAUAUAUGAUAUCGAUGUUGUGAGGAUGAUAUUAGAGCAGUUCAUGUUACAAGGGCAGAGCCCCCCUACAAGCCCUCCUAGAACCAGAAGGAAUAUCGAAAGGAGAAGGUCUCGUUCGGCUGAAAAUGUCGAGUUCGAGUUUCAAGAGAGCCGGAGAUCAUCUUCUGCAUCGCAUAGUUCCAAACUCAAAGUGGCAAAGCUUGUCGACGGAUAUCUUCAAGAAAUAGCCCGAGAUGUUAAUUUACCCCUGCCAAAGUUUCUUGCAAUUGCAGAAGCAAUUCCAGAUUUCACAAGGCUCGAACACGACGACCUUUACAGAGCUAUUGAUACUUACCUCAAGCGACAUCCUGAACUCAAUAAGAGCGAAAGAAAGCGCCUGUGCCGAAUAUUAGAUUGCAAAAAGUUAUCGAUGGAAAUCUGUAUGCAUGCUGCACAAAAUGAGAUGCUCCCUCUGAGGGUGGUAGUGCAAGUUCUCUUCUGUGAGCAAGCACGAGCUGCCACUAGUGGUGCCCAAGUAACUGAGCUUCCUAGCAAUAUCAAAGCACUUUUAUCGACUUAUAACAAUCCAGGAAAGCCUACAACGUCGUUUAGUACUAAUGCUACAACAGCAGCAGAAGAUCAAUGGAGUGUCUCGGGCCUCAAAUCGCCGAAAUCUAAGGUUUCAACCCUGAAACCGAAGUUGGGAGAGAACAAGGACUUAGCUGAAAAUGGAGACGAAAAAUCUUCAAAGGUCAAGACUUUGUGUAAGCUUCCCCACAGACCUAAAAGAAUGUUCAGUAAGCUAUGGUCUAUCAACAAAACUCCAAGUGAAAAGAACUGAUAAAAAUUUUGUUUAUUUUCUGGUGUUAGGGAAAAUUAUACUCUAGCUUUACUUUUUUUU